CCAUAGAUCUGGUUGAGAAUCAAGGUUAUCUUGUCUCGAAAGACCUGAGGGAGAGAGCAAAGAGUAAUAACUAUUACUCUUUGGGAGAGAGACACAGAGUGAGAGAGAAACAAAAAUCAACAAUAAUUAACUUCAUCAGUUGAAUUUAUUUUUUCCUACUACUUAAUUAAGUACAAUUUCAUUACGAUCAUGUUAAUUUUUCUUUUAGUUUUUUGUGUUUUCAGCUUAUUACCAAUCAAUGUCAGUGGGUAUCACCAUCCGCAUCGGUAUUACAAUAAAACACAUGAAGGUAAACUGACCGUUACUAUCCCCUGGUCAACUGUCAUUGGUAAACAAGAGCGGAUUCUUGGUAGACCGAUUGGUGUUUUUCUUGGUAUUCCUUACGCUAAACCACCGGUGGGUCAACUUAGAUUCAUCAAACCAGUUCCUCUGGAUCCUCAUGAUGGUGAAUAUAAUGCCACAUUCUUCCGACCGCCUUGUCCCCAGCCCCCAAAUGUGAACACGAACUAUCCCGAAACAAGUGAAAAUUGUUUGUAUCUGAAUGUCUGGACACCGGUCAUUAGCUCAUCUUUAGCCUCGAACCAUAUUGAAAGUUCAUCUCUUAAACCAGUCAUAAUAUACAUCUAUGGAGGUGGUUUUAAUAAAGGUUCAGUUCAUGAAAAGCGACAUCAAGGUGACAUAUUGUCCUCUUUAAGUGACACCGUUGUUGUAACGGUUAAUCAUCGGCUCAGUAUUUUUGGAUUUGGUUAUAGUGGAACUGAAUCAAUUCCUGGUAACAUAGGAAUCUAUGAUUUAAUACAAUCCCUUGAAUGGGUUAAUCAAAAUAUUGAACAUUUUGGUGGGAAUCCUAAAGCAGUUACUAUUUUUGGCGCUUGUUCUGGUGCUAUGGCUGCAUCGGCAUUCAUUUUAUCACCAAUCGUGGAUGCAAAGUUAAUCGAUAAAGUUUAUUUAGCUUCAUCAGUGAUUAGUCCUCAUUCGGCGAUCAGAACACAAGAGGAAACUUUUAACUUGACUCGAACAGUGGCGGAAAUUGUCGGUUGCGGUAACGCUGAUGAUCCAGAGGCCACUAAACUUACCGAUCAACAGGUUGACUGUAUGAGAGGCAUCGAUGCUCAGGUUCUAAUGAAUGCUUCGUUUAGCGACCCAGUUAUGAAUCAAUUGUCGUACAAAGAAACACCGCCUUUCGUAAUGAUUUAUAAUACUACACUUCUUCCGAUUCCCCCCGAUCAGUUGGUUCUUGAAAAAUACCCUCGACGUCGAGUUCCAAUUCUCUUUGGUAACGAACAAAACGAAGACGAAAUUUUCACAAAACUUUGGCCUGCGUCAAUAGAAGAAGCUAAAAAAAUGCUAAAUUACAUGAUCAUGAGAACUUAUCCUAAUACAACAGAGGAACAAGUAGAAACAGUUUUCAAAUAUUAUUUCGAUAAAGUUGAAGAUUAUAACGUCAUGGAGAUUAAAGGAGCACUUUCAUUAGCUGCGGGCGAUUAUCUUCACCAUUGUCCAUUGUUACUUUACACCGAAUCUUGGACUAAGAACGGACAAAUAACUCAUGGUUACUUAGAUGCUUAUGUAAUGGAUGGUUUCAAUAAGAGCGAAAGGCUUUUCGGUACCAAACAUGGUGACGCCGCUUAUCAAAUUCUAGGAAAAGCUUAUCAUGAGUACGAUACUUUCAGUGAUCGCGAUCGACGAGUAACAAGACAAAUGAUCAAAUUUAUAAAGAGUUUUGCUUAUGGUCAAAGAUUAAAUUGGCCUCCGAUGUUAACUGAUUCGUCGAAAUCUGUUCUACCUCUUAAAUGGAGAUUAACGAAAACAAUGGAUACAAAAAACAUUUAUUCGGACCCGAAAGACGAUAUUUGUCAUUUGUGGGGGGAAAUUCGACAAUUGGUUGUUGGUUAAAAUCGAAAGUAGAAAAAAUGAAAAGUUUCUUUUUUGAAAAUGCUCUAAUUUAAAAUGAAAUUAAAUUUGCAAUAAAAGACAAUUUAAUAUACUCGUUAAUAUAUUAGACUGUUUCGUGAUUCUCGAAAAUUGUUUCGACUUUUCCAUUAACUAGUUACAGAAAUUUAAGACAAUCUAUUGGACUUUUGAUUAAUCGACUAUCGACAAAAUCAGCUGGUCUACACACUUUCUUUCUCACCUUUUAGUUUACCUUUAAUUACUUGUUUAUUUCUCUCAAAAUUUGAUUCUUAUCAACUGAAUUAAAAUGGAUCAUUCAAUUAUCAAAAGUGAUCCAGAUUCAAUCGCGAGUGGUUCAGGUUAUCCAAACCCAAGAAACGCCGUUGAAAAAGUUACAACUGGAAUUCAACAGAUUGACCUUAAUGAUCGUGCUAAACAAGAACCAAUGGAGAAUGAGUAUACCUUCAUUAAAGUACAAUUAAACAUAAUGAGAGGUCUUUAUAACCGAAAAAAUGGCCGUUCUCUCCCUUGGGAUGCUUUCGCUCAAUUUUGUUCGUGGGUUGAAACGAGGCCGGACUAUUUUGAUAAAUGGACUGUAGAAAAUUUUUUCAUCGCUUACAAUUCUUAUUUUGAAAAAAUAGAGAAGAAAAAUAAGAAUAUAACUCGAGCUCAAGAACAGCGACUCAAGGAUGUGGCCGAAUUUCAUGAGCAAUUUAAAUGAAAAGCCAAUAAAUUGAUCAUUUUGUCUUAA